AUGGGGGCACCGAGCAGGAAAUUGCGAGGAGGAUCCAGUCGGGAUGGAAUAGUUGGAAGAAGAUCACCGGCGUUGUAUGUGACAGACAAGGUGCCAGACAAGGUGAAGGGAAAGCUUCACAAGCUCAUGGUCAGACCGGCGAUGUUAUAUGGAUUGGAGACGGUCCCUCUAACAAAGUCGCAGAAAAGGGAAGUAGAGGUGGCAGAGAUGAGGAUGAUGAGAUAUGAAGUCGGAGUAACUAGGUCGGACAAGAUCAAGAAUGAGACAACUAGGGAAAUACUGGGAAUUGAGCGAUACGGUGAAAAGAUUCGGGAGAGUCGAUUUAGUUGGUUCGGGAAUGUGGGUAUAAGAGGGAUGAAGAAUACGUGCGGAAGAGAGUUAAGAGUAGGAUAG